AUGACAGUAGAUAGUGAAUGUGUAGAGAAUGUACAGAUAGUACAGGCUAAUUUGUUAGUCCAAGACCGGUCAGCAGAGCAAUCAGAGAGUUUGGAGAGUGAGAUAGCGAGACUGCGGAAUUUAGAGACUCUAGGUAUUAGAGAGACACAGGGAGUACAGGAAGAAUUUCUGGAUAACAUUUGUUUCAAUGGAGAGAGGUAUUCGGUUAAGUUACAAUGGAAGGUCAACCACAGAUCGUUACCUACUAAUUACGAAAACAGCCUAGGACGCCUUCAUGGCACAAUGAGAAAGCUUAGGCAAGAGCCAGAAGUGCUAGACCAGUACGAGGCAGUAAUCAAGGGUCAGUUAGAGUCGGGAGUGAUAGAGCCGGUUCAUGCGUUAGAAGAUGGUAACAAGAUCCAUUACUUACCACAUAGAGCGGUAGUGCGUAGGAAUGUUGGUACUAGUACACCGGUAAGAAUGAUCUAUGAUGCGUCGGCGAAGACAGGUAAAAGGGGCGUGUCGCUCAACAACUGUUUACACGUUGGACCGUCUCUCAACCCCCUCCUAUUUAAUGUAUUGCUGAGAUUCCGUCUCCACAGGGUAGCCCUUAUAGCAGAUAUCGAGAAGGCUUUCUUGAAUAUCGAAGUAGACCCUGGAGACCGAGAUUGUUUACAAUUCCUAUUCCCAGAGGACCUGAGAAGGGAUGAUUCCGUAAUCAAGGUAUACCGGUUUUGUAGAGUAGUGUUUGGUUUGAACGCCUCGCCAUUUCUAUUUAAUGGAACCUUGAGGCACCACCUCGUGAAGUUUAAAGAGAUAGAUCCUGAGUUUGUAGAGAUGUUAGUCAACAGUUUUUAUGUAGAUGACUUGGUGACAGGGAGUAACACCCCGGAAGAGGCGUAUGAGUUAUACGUGAAGUCCAAGUCGAGAUUGGCAGAAGGUGGGUUUAACCUGCGCAAGUGGCAGACUAACGAUAGCGAGCUCAGAGGUAGUUUGGAUGUAAGCGAAGGGAGAUGUAUGCCAGGUAGUCAAGAAGGUGUGGCGCGUGGUUAG